AUGAGUCAUCCUCCGCCUGUUUCUUGUAUUCCAAACACUGCCAAAAUGUCGAAAGCUAAAAAAGUUAUAGAAGAAGCUAAAGAAAUAAAUAAUCCUGAAAUAGACUUAGUAGAUAAAGGGAUUUCGAGCCUAGAUGAAAUUCCUGGACUAUUUAGUCUUGAAAACAUCACUCGAUUGACUUUGAGUCAUAACAAAAUACAAGUGGUGCCGGCUGGGCUUGCGAAUUUGAUGAACUUGGAGAUUCUGAAUCUGGCUAACAAUCAUAUUGAAGAAUUACCAGUUAGUCUAUCAUCACUGCCAAAGCUAAGGAUACUCAAUGUAUCACUCAAUAGGUUGUACAACUUGCCGAGAGGGUUUGGCGCCUUUCCUGUGUUGGAAAUAUUGGAUUUAACAUACAACAACUUAAAGGAAACUGCUUUACCGGGAAACUUUUUCAUGAUGGAAAGUCUAAGAGCUUUGUACUUGGGCGACAAUGAUUUUGAAUAUUUACCACCAGAUAUCGGAAACCUGAAGAAUUUACAGAUUCUGUCUAUGAGAGAAAAUGAUCUUAUUGAAGUACCAAAAGAACUUGGUCAGUUAGCCCGCUUAAGAGAAUUACAUCUACAGGGUAAUCGACUUGUUGUAUUGCCGCCUGAAAUAGGAUCUUUGGACUUAGCCAGCAAUAAAUCAGUAUUACGUCUAGAAGGAAACUUCUGGGUUCCACCCAUCGAAGAUCAACUCAAACUGGGGCCAUCACACGUCUUGGACUACUUAAAGUCUGAAACAUACAAAGUUCUCUACAGCAGACACAUGUCUGCAAAACCACCACCCCCACCACAAACUCUGGAUAAAAGCAAGAAAGCAAGCAGAGCUCGAUCCUGA